CGCUCCAAGUGUGAUAUAGAUUUAGAAAGUUUCUAACAUGGUUCAUGUCAAGGUGUUUCUCUUAACUCUGCUCUCAUGCCUUGCUGUUCAUGGAUUUCAAAACCUAGAUGUURAAAAAGAUGAUGSUUGUGCUGAUAGGGCAAGUCAUGCUCCUGCCAACUGUGCAGCUUGGUUAAAAAAAGGAUGGUGCCAGCCAGGAAAUGCCCGAAGCUUCAUGGUACGAACUGGUUGCAAGAAAACGUGCGGGCUGUGCGAAGGAGCCAGUGGUUGCUUUGAUGAGUUUCCUGAGUGCAAGACCCUUCAUUACUAUUGCAAUGGGAAGAAAUAUGGUCGAUUUAUGGCAAACAAUUGUAAGUUGACAUGCGGAUUGUGCUAGUGAGCUCGACAUGGAAACACGUAAAGGUGAUGUUUACUUUGUUGAAGCUAUGCAAAAGUACACACUAAAUAUAAUAUGAAUAAAAUUCAGGUCUGAAU